AUUUGAGCGGGCCGUGAGGAGAUGAUUCGUUUUUGCUCACCAGAAAGAUGGGGAAACUGAGGCACGAGUGGGCCAGCGGGGAGGCCGCUCAGGGUGGCCAUGUCCACAUAAGACCCUACACUUAACCCACUGGGCGGUGGUGGCGUGAGGAGCAUUCGCCCCGCGGCGAAUAGCCGGACUCUGCCCCCCAGGGCUGAGUGGCUCUAAGUUCCCUUGUCCCCUCACCCUGUUGUCAUCCGGGAACUCCUCUGCCUCCUCCUUGUCUUCCGGUUUCGAUUCAGCUAGAGGGCUGAAACCUCCUAGUCAACCUACUCUGAAAAAUAAUCUCUCCACCUGUCCCCCCACUCCCUUAUAUGUCAGGUAUAUACUCACACUGGUGUGCUUAUGAUGGGGCGACCCCCCUGGUGCCUUCACAGUCCACUUCAGACUUCAGACUUCAUCAUUGUCAAAUCUCUUAUUUUCUCAACUCCAAGUAAUGCCCCCAACUCCUUUUCUAGGCCCCUUUUUAUCCUUACGCCUUUCCCUUCCCCUGGCCUGAAGGAGAAACGGGCCGCCCAGUAUGCCUGCUCCCUUGUUGGCCAUGCACUUCAGAAACAUGGGGCCAGUCCAGAGUUACAGAAGCAAAUUCGACAACUGGAGGGUCACCUGAGCCUAGGAAGAAAGCUUCUACGCCUGGGUAACUCAGCGGAUGCUCUUGAGUCAGCCAAACGAGCUGUGCACUUAUCAGAUGUUGUCCUGAGAUUCUGCAUCACUGUUAGUCACCUCAAUCGAGCCUUGUACUUCGCCUGUGACAAUGUCCUGUGGGCUGGAAAAUCUGGACUAGCCCCUCGUGUGGAUCAGGAGAAGUGGGCCCAGCGUUCAUUCAGGUACUAUCUGUUUUCCCUCAUCAUGAAUUUGAGCCGUGAUGCUUAUGAGAUUCGCCUACUAAUGGAGCAAGAGUCUUCAGCUUGUAGCCGGCGACUGAAGGGUUCUGGAGGAGGAGUCCCAGGAGGAAUUGAAACUGCAGGACCUGGGAGUCCAGGAACUCCGGGAGGAGGCUUGCCUCAGCUGGCUGUCAAGCUUCAGCUCCGAGUCCUGCUCUUGGCUCGGGUCCUUCGAGGUCAUCCCCCACUUCUGCUGGAUGUGGUCAGAAAUGCCUGUGAUCUUUUCAUUCCACUGGACAAACUAGGCCUCUGGCGCUGUGGCCCUGGGAUUGUGGGGCUUUGUGGCCUUGUGUCCUCCAUCCUGUCUAUUCUUACUCUGAUCUGCCCUUGGCUACGACUCAAGCCCUGAUAUUCUGGUACAGGAUGAGGAGGGGAUCUGAAUUGGUAAGACAGAGUCUAAGAUCAUCCCCAGUGUACCAGCCUCAUUCUAAUUCUACUCCUUUGUUAAAGUUAAAAUGCCCAAGAUUUUGGGGGUAGAGGGAGGAGCUUUGGGGAAGGUGAGGUGAAGAAAGGUAACUUGUGAAGUCAAUGGGAUAAUUCUAAUGUUCAGAUAUUCCGGAGCUUUUGCUUUUUCCUCCUUCAUUGCAAUGUCUAUGUCUUUCUUGACCCUUUUUACUUUGUGUUUCUUACGUCUAUUUAAGAUUCUGUCUCUGCAUUUUUUUUUCCACUUUCUCAGUUUGCUGUCCCAGGAAUUUGAUCAGCAGAAUUACUUUUUUUUGGUAGGGGAGGUAGAAGGUCUGUAAGGUUCUAACCGCCUUCUUUUUCCUCACAAAGGCUGCUUAUGGCAGAUUUUACCCCCUUCAAAUGCCACCAAAUCAUAAUUCUAGAGACUUUAUUUCCCAAUGGAUUCUCCCCUCAUGCACUAGAGACUGUUUGAUACUUCCUCCUUCAUGUCUACCUCACCAGCCUCCCUCAUGACUUGGCCCUUCCCUCUACUCAUACCUGCAGAUUUCUGCUUACACUUUUAUUUCAGGGCUUUGUUCCCUAGCCUCUUGUCACCCUUUCUUCACCUAUCCAGAAGGAUGCUAUGUCUAGCGUCUUGCUGUAAAUACUGUACAGUGAUUCUGUGUAAAUAGCUGUGGCCAUGCCCACAAUGGAGAGCAAGCCUUCCAGGUCAGCAUAUUAAAGAUCAGUUUGCUCAUCAA